UCUCUUCCCCGCCCCGAGCCGAAGAGCCGGGGAGGCGGGAGGCGGCGGCCGCGGCGGCUGCUGCUGCUGCUGCUGCGAGGCAGGUGGCGGAGAUCCGCGGCGUCCCAGGCGAUUGAGUCGAGAGACCAAGUUCUCUAUAGAAACACCCACAUUUGUACGGAUGACUGGGGAAAGAUAGUGGCAACGGGGAGCUCUGACCUUCCGAGAAAAUGAGUAUGCUAAAACCAAGUGGGCUGAAGGCCCCUACCAAGAUCCUCAGGCCUGGGAGCUCAGCCUUGAAGACAUCUGCCGCUGCUGCAGCUCCAGUGGAGAAGACACUGGCCAGUGAGAAAGCCGCAGGCCCUCCAUCCUCAGAGACCCAAGAAGAAUUUGUGGAUGACUUUCGAGUUGGAGAACGUGUUUGGGUGAACGGGAAUAAGCCUGGGUUUAUCCAGUUUCUUGGGGAAACUCAGUUUGCACCAGGCCAGUGGGCUGGGAUUGUGUUAGAUGAACCCAUAGGAAAGAACGAUGGGUCGGUGGCAGGAGUUCGGUAUUUCCAGUGUGAACCUUUAAAGGGGAUAUUCACCCGACCUUCUAAGUUAACAAGGAAGGUGCAGGCAGAAGAUGAAGCCAAUGGCCUGCAGACAGCUCACACAAGGGCUGCUUCGCCUCUGUCCACGGCGGCGGCCGCCAUGGUGUCCUCUUCCUCAGCCACGCCCUCAAAUAUUCCCCAUAAACCGUCCCAUGCAACAGCGAAAGAAACUGCAACUCCAUCUCAAAUCAGCAACCUCACGAAAACUGCCAGUGAGUCCAUCUCCAACCUUUCAGAGGCUGGCUCUGCCAAGAAAGGAGAGCGGGAACUCAAGAUCGGAGACAGGGUGUUGGUUGGUGGCACCAAGGCUGGUGUGGUCCGGUUUCUUGGAGAGACAGACUUUGCCAAGGGGGAAUGGUGUGGUGUGGAAUUAGAUGAACCUCUGGGGAAGAAUGACGGCGCAGUUGCUGGAACAAGGUAUUUUCAAUGCCAGCCCAAAUACGGAUUGUUUGCUCCUGUCCACAAAGUGACAAAGAUUGGCUUCCCUUCCACGACGCCAGCCAAAGCCAAAGCCGCUGCUGUGAGGCGAGUGAUGGCUGCCACGCCCGCCAACCUGAAGCGCAGCCCAUCCGCCUCCUCUCUCAGCUCCAUGAGCUCUGUGGCCUCCUCUGUGAGCAGCAAGCCCAGCCGAACAGGACUAUUGACCGAAACCUCCUCCCGCUACGCCCGCAAGAUCUCGGGCACCACUGCCCUCCAGGAGGCCUUGAAGGAGAAGCAGCAGCACAUUGAACAGCUGCUGGCUGAGCGAGACCUGGAGCGGGCCGAAGUGGCCAAGGCUACCAGCCACGUGGGGGAGAUAGAGCAGGAGCUAGCCCUGGCCCGAGAUGGGCACGACCAGCAUGUCCUGGAACUGGAGGCCAAGAUGGACCAGCUGCGAACAAUGGUAGAAGCUGCUGACAGGGAGAAAGUGGAGCUCCUCAACCAACUAGAAGAGGAGAAAAGGAAGGUCGAGGACCUUCAGUUCCGCGUAGAAGAAGAAUCAAUCACCAAAGGCGAUCUUGAGGUGGCUACAGUAUCAGAAAAGUCCCGAAUAAUGGAACUAGAAAAAGACCUAGCAUUGAGAGUACAGGAAGUAGCUGAGCUCCGAAGAAGGCUAGAGUCCAGUAAACCUCCCGGGGAUGUGGAUAUGUCUCUUUCUCUUUUGCAAGAAAUAAGUGCUUUGCAAGAAAAGCUGGAAGCCACACGUACUGACCACCGGAGUGAGGUGACUUCUCUGAAGGAUCACUUUGGAGCUCGGGAAGAGACAUUUCAGAAGGAGAUCAAGGCUCUGCACACUGCCACUGAAAAGCUUUCCAAAGAGAAUGAGUCCUUAAGAAGCAAGCUUGACCAUGCAAACAAGGAAAAUUCAGACGUGAUAGCUCUGUGGAAGUCUAAGCUGGAGACCGCCAUUGGAUCCCACCAGCAGGCAAUGGAGGAGCUGAAGGUAUCUUUCAGUAAAGGAAUUGGAACAGACUCAGCCGAAUUUGCUGAGUUAAAGACACAAAUAGAGAGACUGAGACUAGACUAUCAGCAUGAAAUAGAAGCUCUACAGAAUAAACAGGACUCUGAGCGGUCUGCUCACGCUAAAGAGAUGGAGACCCUGAAGACCAAGCUGAUGCAGAUCAUUAAAGAGAAGGAGGACAGCUUGGAGGCUAUUAAAUCGAGACUGGACAGUGCAGAAGACCAGCAUCUAGUGGAAAUGGAGGACACGUUAAACAAACUGCAGGAGGCUGAAAUAAAGGUAAAGGAGCUAGAGGUUCUGCAAGCCAAGUACAAUGAACAAACCAAGGUCAUUGAUAAUUUUACAUCACAGCUCAAGGUUGUCGAAGAAGAGCUCUUGGAUCUUGAUGCGCUUCGGAAAGCCAAUUCCGAAGGUAAAUUGGAACUCGAGACACUUAGACAGCAGCUUGAGGGAGCUGAAAAGCAGAUUAAAAAUUUAGAGAUUGAAAGGAACGCUGAAAGUGGCAAGGCUAAUAGCAUUACCAAAGAGCUCCAGGAAAAAGAGCAAAUGCUCGGUAGCCUGCGGGACACUUUGAGUGAAGUCAGUCAAGUGAAGGAGACUUUGGAAAAAGAGCUUCAGACUUUGAAAGAAAAGUUUGCUGGUGCUUCAGAGGAGGCAGUCUCUGUUCAGAGAAGUAUGCAAGAUACUGUAAAUAAGCUGCACCAAAAGGAGGUAGAGUUUAACACGCUGUCUUCCGAACUGGAGGAGUUGAGAGAAAAUUUAACAGAUAUGGAGGCAAAAUUUAGAGAGAAGGAUGAAAGAGAACAGCAGCUGGUAAAGGCAAAGGAAAAACUAGAAAAUGACAUUGCAGAAAUAAUGAAGAUGUCCGGAGAUAACUCUUCUCAGCUGACCAAGAUGAAUGACGAGUUACGCCUGAAGGAAAGAUCUGUGGAAGAACUACAGCUAAAGCUUACAAAGGCGAAUGAAAACGCAAGUUUUCUGCAGAAAAGUAUCGGGGAAGUAACUCUUAAAGCUGAACAGAGCCAGAAGGAAGCAGCGCAGAAGCAUGAAGAGGAAAAGAAAGAACUGGAGCAAAAGUUGUCGGAACUGGAGAAGAAGGUGGAAACAAGCCACACCCAGUGUCAGGACCUGAGAGCCAAGUAUGAAAAAGCCAGUUCGGAGGAAAAAGCACAGCACGAAGAAGUCCUGCAGAACCUUCAGAAGAUGCUGGUGGACAGAGAGGAGAGACUGAAGGCUGCUCAGGAGGCCAACAGAGAUCUGAUGCAGGACGUGGAGGAACUGAAAACACAGGCCAACAAAGCCAAAGCUGCUCAGAGUGCAGAAGACGCCAUGCAGAUCAUGGAACAGAUGACCAAAGAGAAGACGGAAACACUGGCCUUCCUGGAGGACACCAAGCAAACCAACGCAAAACUGCAGCGUGAGUUGGACACACUGAAAGAAAACAACUUGAAAAAUGCGGAAGAGCUGAACAAAUCGAAAGAACUUCUCAAUGAAGAGGCUCAAAAAAUGGAAGAAUUCAAGAAAGAAAUAGAAGCCCUAAAGCAGGCAGCCGCUGAGAAGUCCCAGCAGCUUUCCGCACUGGAGGAAGAGAACGCCAAACUUGCCGAGGAACUGGGGAGAACGCGGGAGGAAGUCACCAAUCAUCAAAAGCUGGAAGAAGAAAGAUCUGUACUCAAUAAUCAGUUGUUAGAAAUGAAAAAGAGAGAAUCCGAGUACAUAAGAGACGCUGAUGAAGAGAAAGCUGCUUUGCAGAAAUCCAUCAGUCUCACCAGUGCCUUGCUCACAGAGAAGGAUGCAGAGCUGGAGAAGCUGAGGAAUGAGGUCACGGCGCUCCGGGGAGAGAACGCCUCUGCCAAGUCCCUGCAUUCAGUUGUGCAGACGCUGGAGUCCGAUAAGGUGAAGCUUGAGCUCAAGGUCAAGAACUUGGAGCUUCAGCUCAAGGAGAACAAGAGGCAGUUCAGCAGCUCCUCGGGUAACACUGAUGCCCAGGCAGAAGAGGACGAGAGAGCCCAGGAGAGUCAGAUUGAUUUCCUCAAUUCAGUAAUAGUGGACCUUCAGAGAAAGAAUGAAGACCUCAAGAUGAAGGUGGAGAUGAUGUCCGAAGCUGCUCUGAACGGCACCGGGGACGACCUCAACAGUUAUGACAGUGACGAGCCGGAAAAGCAGUCCAAGAAGAAACCCCGCCUCUUCUGUGACAUCUGUGACUGCUUCGACCUCCAUGACACAGAGGACUGCCCCACCCAGGCACAGGUGGCCGAAGACCCUCCACACUCCACGCACCACGGCAGCCGGAGCGAGGAGCGGCCGUACUGUGAGAUCUGUGAGAUGUUUGGGCACUGGGCCACCAACUGCAAUGACGACGAGACCUUCUGAGGGACUCGAGGGCGGCCCGGGCUUCCGCAGACCCCGCGUCCGGGCGGCGGCUUCCCACCAGCGGUGUGUGCAACUUCAGAAGAACUCGUUAUUUUUUGACAAGAUUUUGAUCUUCAACACAUUUCCCCUCAUCAGUUCCAAUAAUAAACGUUUGGUAGGUGGGCUUUCACUUCCAUCUCCAUUUUCUGGAUUUUUAAGAGUUAAGACUUUGCACCAGGUGCCAUUACUUUUUUGUUCCUAGAGAAACAUCAUCGUGGGACAAGCUGGACCCUGACAAUAUCUUAUUUAAGAAACUUUAAAUUAUGCUGUUAUUUCUCAUAUUUGCACUAAAAUAUUUCCUGGCUACAUCUGUAUAUUUAGGGUUUUUGUUAUUGUUGUUGUUGUUAUUACGCUUUGACACUGGAAUGAGUCGCAAAAAAAAAAAAGUGUGCCACUUUGCAUUUUCAUGUGCUCAUUUAAAUAAUUUCAUUCCGAGAUAUCCAAGCUCUCCGCACUACCUGCUCUCAGUAGUGCCUUUUCCCAGGCUUGACGAUACACAGGUGUGACUACAAAUCAUGAAACAGGUCAAAGGGAGGGGCGGGCAACCCCAAGCUGCUGUGGGGACAUUUUAUAAUCUGUACGCCGCACCCACGGACCCAACAGUGGUGUUUUCUUCAUCGGUUUUACAUAAUUUCAACCUCUAUAUAUUAUAUGUGUAUGUAUAUAUAUAUAUUUUUAAAGAUCUAUAUUUUGGGAAAAAAGUAUAUACAAUGUGUCCUCUUUUCAGAUUUUUUUACCUUUAUGAAAAAGAAAACGCCGAAAAGGUUCGUUAGGAUGUGACUAGAGCAGGAACAGCCUCUGUGGCUCCCUAACUGCUGUCUCCAUCUCUGUGCCGUUCUUAACCAGAUGUGAGCAGCUGGCAGAGCUGCCUCCAGCUGUUCGGUCUUGUUUCCCUGUUCUGCAGACCACCCCGGGAGUGGAGCUACUCUGCAGCUGCUAACUAACUGAUCCAUAGCCCUCCUUUAUAUGUUUGUGGGUUUUUACUGUAUUUUCUAAUGAAUGUACGAUGGGAAAUUCAACAUGAAUCAUUUUGAAUUUUCUUAUCACAAAAAGAUAAAACGAAGGACCUCAACACACAAAAGAGCUUAUCAGCCAGUCUGAGUCUGUCUUCACUUGAAUGUUUUUGAGAAUAUGUAAAAAGGAAUUAAAUACUCCUUCCUGUGGCGUGCAUGAUAAGAACUCCUGUCUUUGUAUAUUUAAGCCUUUGCCAUACUCCCCCUCAAGAUUAUCCACUGUGCUUGAGAGUGAACAUUAAACAAAUCUGUUACCAGUUGACAUUUUUGGCUAAUAAAACCACAGGAAUUACUUCACAAACAAAAUAUGUAAAGCAGUAUUAAAAUCUGCGUUAUGUAUCUACUUUAGUAAAUAGGUUCUUUUCUUUUGUUUUUCACCAGUGGUAGUAAACACAUAUUCUUGGGA